CCGGUAAUGUUAGAUUUUUAAACGCCUUUAUGUUGUUUGCAGCGCUGUCGGUGAUCAAACGGACGAUUUUAUGUUGAAUAUUGUAACUUGA